GGCAUUAGUGGAAUUGGGGGAUCGGGAAAGACGACUUUAGCUAGAGAAUUUUGCAAAGAUCCUGAAGUUCGAAGUUACUUUAAAGAGAAAAUCUUGUUCUUGACGGUGUCACAGUCCCCUGAUGUGGAGCAACUGAGGAGAACGAUUUGGGGAUAUGUGCUGGGUAGCGAUAGUUUCAGUUCUAAUGGUCCCGUUUCACAAGGGAGGCCUGCAAAUUCAGCUCUUCUGGUUUUGGACGAUGUGUGGUCAAUCUCAGUUCUUGAGAAGCUCAUUCCAAACAUAUCUGGCUGCAGAACUCUUGUGGUUUCACGAUCCAAAUUCCCUGAAGUUCUUAGAGCAACUUAUGAAGUGGAAUUAUUGAGGGAAAGUGAAGCAAUUGCUCUGUUUUGUCGCUCCGCUUACGGACAAGAGUCGGUUCCUUCUUCUGCUAACCAGAAUUUGGUCAAGCAGGUUGUGAAUGAAUGCAAAUGUCUGCCACUGGCUCUUAAAGUCAUAGGAGCGUCUCUUAGAGGACAGAGUGAGAUGUUCUGGAAUAGUGCAAAGAACAGAUUGUCGCGAGGUGAACCUAUUUGUGAGUCUCAUGAGAACAAAUUGCUUCGAAGAAUGGCAAUUAGUAUCGAACGCCUCUCGAGUAAAGUGAGAGAUUGCUUCCUUGAUUUGGGAUGUUUUCCCGAAGACAAGAAGAUUCCUCUUGAUGUUCUUAUCAACGUUUGGAAGGAGUUGCACGACCUCGAUGAAGAAGAAGCUCUUGCUGUUCUUUUCGAGUUAUCUCAGAAGAAUCUCCUUACCCUGGUGAAAGAUGCACGCGGUGGUGAUAUUUACAGCAGUUAUUAUGAGAUGUCUGUCACCCAACACGACGUCUUGAGGGACCUUGCUCUUCAUUUCAGUAGCCGGGAGAAUGUAAACGACCGCAAGCGAUUGCUGAUGCCAAAAAGUGAAACCGAACUUCCAAAAGAAUGGUUAAGAAAAUCAGAUCAGCCAUUCAAUGCGCAAGUAGUUUCAAUUCACACAGGUGAAAUGAAAGAAAUGGAUUGGACGCAGAUGAUAUUUCCCAAUGCUGAAGUGCUCAUUCUAAACUUCUCCUCAAGUGAAUACUUCUUGCCUCCUUUUAUCGGCAACAUGCCGAAGCUGAGAGCUCUGGUUGUGCUAAAUAACAAUGCAACACAUGCAACUCUCAGAAAUUUCUCGGUUUUUUCCAGUUUGAACUACCUGAGAGGCAUCUGGCUGGAAAAAGUUUCCAUUACUCAACUAUUAGAUGUUUAUACUCAAUUGAAACAUCUGAGGAAGAUAUCUCUAGUCUUCUGCAAGGUUAAUGACAGCCUCGCCGAGUCAGUGGCAAACCCAUCCCAGAUCUUCCCGUGCCUUUCAGAGCUCAUAAUCGAUCACUGCAAUGACUUGGUUACGCUACCUUCAAGCAUUUGUGAGAUGCAAAGUCUCAAGUGUCUUAGUGUCACAAACUGCCAUAGUCUAAGUCAACUACCUGCCAACUUUUGGAAUCUAAAACAUCUGCAAAUCUUGAGGCUUUUUGCUUGCCCACUUCUCAGAACUCUACCACCAGGCAUUUGUGAACUUUCUUGUCUGAAGUACAUUGACAUCUCUCAAUGUGUUAACUUGAUCAGCCUUCCUGAACAAUUUGGUAAGCUGGCAAACCUAGAGAAAAUUGACAUGAGAGAAUGCUCACAGAUCUGGAGACUACCCAAUUCAGUUGAGAGCUUGCAAUCUCUCUGUCACGUAGUCUGCGAAGAAGAGGUAUCGUGGUUAUGGGAGGAUUUGAAGAGUCAUCUGCCUCAUUUGUACAUUCAAGUCGCUGAGAAAUGCUUUGGUCUAGACUGGCUCAACGAAUGAUCGUCAACUUAGUCAGUGUUGGUUUUCCAUGUACAUAACUUCUUCAUUAUCUCAAAAGUGAUUAAAUAAGGAGAGUUUUAGAGUUCUGGCCUUUAUGAUCCACCCUUGAAUCUCUUGUUGAAGAAGGUUAUUUAUCUUCAGAACUUACCGACCGAAAACAAGUAUAUAAUCUUCGAGUUCGAAUUCCAUAA